AUGCGUCUGCAAUCUAUCGUUCUAGGUGCACAGAGGGACCACUUAUCCUCUCAUCUACCAGAGCGUAAACUCGGCGAUCGCAAAGACCUUCCUAUUCCCUUGCAACCAAUAGACGUCAAAGGUCGAUACGCACAUCCUUUCCCACUGGGUGCUUGGCCGGGCGACAAACGAUCACUACACGGCUGCGCGGCCAUCUGCCAAAAAUCGCUCGAGGGCUCAUUGGACGUCAGCGAUCUCCGAAGCGCUGGACGCACUACUGCUAAUUCAGCCCACGUGGCCGAGGUUACUGCUCAGCGCGAGUGCUUCAGUAGAGCUCGCCCUGCGCAGAUCGCGCCGAUUCAGACCCUACCCAACGAACUACUGUCGGAGAUAUUCCGCCACGUCCUCCAGAACUCCCCCGCCCGCGGCGUCCGACCUCAUCCCCGCGACCCGGUCGUCAUCCUGACCGCCGUAUGCAGUCGAUGGCGCGCAGUCGCCGCUGCAGACCGCCGUCUCUGGACCUCCAUCGACGCCAGCUACUCGCGCACGCAGCCCGCCAACCCCCUCACCACACGCCGCAUAAUUGCUUACUCCGCCAACCUCCCUCUCGACCUCCGCCUCUGGCUCCCCUCGCAUACCGGGGCGCUCGCGGACGCGCAUGCCAUCCUCUGCGCGCACCACCGACGCUGGCGCUGCGUCGACGCGGACGUGUUUCGCUUCGGGGCGUUCCUCGAGGCGCAUGGCGCGACGGGUGGGAUGCCGAUGCUAGAGCACCUAUGUGUGCAUAACAGCCAUACGGAGAAGGAGGAGCUCGCAUACAUCCUUCCCGCGCCGCGCCUGCGAAGCGUCGCACUGCAUUCACCCUUCCCGUUCGUGUGCUCCUACGCGACGCCAUGGGGACAGUUGACGGCGUACUCGGGCCCUGUGGUCGUCGAUGGGGUGUCCGUCUUGCAUCGUCUGGCGAACGUGGAGACGUGCGAGCUCGUCGGGCAAGUCGUAGACGACGCGCACGGCGAGCCCAUCGAGCUUCCGCACCUGCGCGCUCUGCGCGUAAGUCACACCGCGCACCUCCGCUUGCUUGUCGCGCCCGGUCUCGAGGUGCUCGAGGUGCCGAACGAGGCGCAGUCUCUGCCUGCAAUCGCCUCGUUCCUCGACCGCUCGCGCUGUAGCUCUUCGGGUGAUUGCAGCUCGCUUAGCGAGCUUCGCUGUAGCGUGGACAUGCUACCCAAACUUCCCUCCCUACUCCUACUCGCGCCCACGUUGAAAACGCUCGGCGUGUCUCUGGAUCCCUCGGAUGGCGAGCGGCUUCUGAGCUCAAUUCGUGCCUGCAAGGAGGCGCUGGCGAAGGCGGAGGGUAUCGAAUUUCGCCCCACAGGGAAGUCCAACUGUGGCGCCGGGAAUUUUAAGGGUCACGCGGGGAACACCAAGGUUGGCGCAUCGCUCGAAGCGUUACUGGACGGUCUUGCAGAUGUUUCCCUCGCUGCACUACAGCGCGUGCGCGUCUAUGGAUGUGAUACAGAACGAGAUGAGCAGCAUAUAUCUGGGCUACAGGUGGAGUACCAUCGCGCUCGUAAUGAUAGUGUCUUCAUGCAUUACUGA